AUGACAUGCAGGGAUGCCGCCGCACUGUGUCUGCCUGUGGAGCGAACGGAGGUUCUCUACGCCGUUGCCACAGGCGACGUGCGGCUAUGGGAGCGGCGAAUUAUCCACUGCGCACACAAGCGUGUGAUUGCGGCCGCCGCAAUCGCCUCGAGCGACACCGUCGACAGGCGUGGCAGUGGUGUGAGUGCAGAGGGGGAAAACCGUUCCGCCCCAGGCCCCAGCCAACCACAGCAGCAGCAGCAGAAGCAGCGAAAGGGGACUAAUGACCAUGGGGGGAUGUUCGGACGCCUUUGGUCCAGUUUGCCUGCCGUCGCGCCAACCACAUCGGGGGCAGCAGUGACAAGCGGAGAAGACAACGGUGCGGACUUUUCGCACUACACAGGGCCAAAUUUUUAUAUUCUUAUGGAGUUGAUGCAGGGCGCCAUGAACAUGACGACGGAGGCAGUCAAAAAUGACGCGUCUGCCUGCGCUCCCACACUCAUACAGCGGAUGCCAUGGAGCGGGGAUCUCUUGACGGCGCUGCUGAAUAUAAUGAUAUUUCACGGCAGUGUACCGGCCGUGGGUCGAUUUCUGGGCGUGCUCCUCAGCAGCUACGUCAUGGCUCUCGUGUUUCACCGGUGUCGUCGCGACGGCAGGGCUGCACGGGCGCAGCCCACUGAGAAGCUCAAGACCAACAAAGAGGGAGAUGAAGUGGGAGGGGCACACAUGCGGCUUCUUCAGAGCGAGGCCUUCACUACUCUCAUUGCACGCCUGGCGCAAAUAUACUUCCCUCUCUGGCGACGACUCAAGGGAGCGGGGGAGGAUCCGGCACGGCGUACCGAAGUGCGGGCUCAAACCGGGCAGCUGCAGCUGCACGUGCGCUGUCUGCCGCUACCGCAGUCCCACAAGAAUCCUCUCACGAAGUGGCGGAGCAUGACCAGCGGCGGCGCCAACGAGGAUGGUGGCGGUGGUGAUGAUAAUUCACAGGCUGCUGCAUCGCGGGGAUUCCAGUCUAAAAUCAUUGAAUCGGUGUUUAAUCAACGCAACACCCGCCGUGCGUGGGUGGGGCUGCGUGUAUGUAGUGACGCAAAGCGGCGGGGAAACUUGGGCGUGGCCGCCAAGGUGACGCCUGCAGCUGCUGCGAAUGAGAAGAAGGCGGAGGCGGGGGAUGAGGACAAGGACACCGACGGCGAAGAGGACAAUAAUGCGGAGGACGUUCCAUUGACUCUGGAACACGUGCAAGAGAUUGUGGUGUGCAUUGCUCUGGCAGAACUCGGCAGACUCGUUCUGUUGUCGGACGUCGCCGAUGUGCCUGGAGACGCUUUUCAGGACGUCCACGCGCCUCAGCGAGGGCAGAGAGGGAUGCUGGAGGAGUCAGCGCGGGAGGAGGUGUCGGAAGCGUCGUGUGUGGAGUUUGUGGCGCACGUGCGUCGCGGUGGGAACGCCAGCACCGCUGAACAGGUGCGCGACGUUGCCGCCAUCCUGCGUGAGGUGGGGGAUGCCUGGCGACGGCAGCUCUUGACGGAUGCCGCUGCGUCCACAUCAGAGCAGACGCAGCCAGGGCGAGGCACCCACCCCCGUGUCAACAGUAACCACUGCUGGGUGGUAGUCGCGAUGUGUCGGGUUUUGAAGUGCGUCUCGCAGACGCUCGGGGGUGUUUGCCUCACAUCCGCCUUUGAACCCACGCAGCGGGAGGGCCGCCAGCGGCCCUGGGAGUAUCAAGAAAAGGACCUCUGGUACGUGAACCUCCUCUUGACGUGCCUGUGCGUUGCGGGCGGACAACUUCCCCAGUCCCUCACACAGUUCGCUUUGCGGCUCACAGAGUUUACCCUGUCCGAUAUGCUGCUGAUGAACGGACGCGCCCACGCGUCUGCAGCGCCACCGCUGCAACAAGCGACGAGCGGCUGCUGCACCAUCGACGGGGUGAAUGUCAACGGGCACGAUGACGCAAAGGACCCUGCUGCGGAGCGACUGAGGUUGACUAGCGACCGUGUAUGGAAUGCGGAGGCGAGACAGCGUUAUCUUGCGGCAUCUGCACUUCGCACAACGGUCUUGAGGUUUAUGCGGGACUGUUAUGCACGCGGGAGUGUGGCGCCAACGGACACACAUGCCCGUUUGCUAUCGGCAGUGCUGCGGCAACAAGUUCUGCUGUGGGAACGAUCGUUGCGGGGCGUUGUGCUGCUGGCGCCCCACGUUCGCAGCAGUGCGACGAGUCUGCCGCACGAUGGAGCCGAUUUUUGGCGGCGAGACGCCUUCAUUGCGGUGGACCCACGUGAGCAACCGGAGGUGGUGUACAAGUUGGUCUGGUGGCGUACACUGAUGCUGCUUGAGUGCCUUUGCGCUCUUCGCGAUAUGUUUGCGGCAGGGGCCGUGUGUGGGUUUCUGUGCGACACGGUUCCAUUCGUCUCUGCGAUAGGAGAGCUCGGCCGGGUUCUGCAGAUGGUCUGCUGGAUUGACCUGGACGCCCGGCGAGCCACACCGCCAAGGACGCGUCAUUCAAGGGCCUCCAGAGAAACGGCUAAGGCGUCUUUUGCUACGGCCGAGGUCUUUCCCUUCCCUGUCCUUGCGGCGACCGAGCGACGUUUUUUUAUUGGCGCGAUGCUCGUCUAUGGCAUAAGUGCCAUGGCGGACGCUCUCCUAUUCUUUCACGCCUGGAUCGACCGUUGUGAGUUGCAUGCAGGCGCUGGCGCUGGCGAAGGCGACUCGGAGAACGACGGCACCAACAGCAAUCAGCGGAAAGUUCCCGUGUCGUCGUCUGACGCGGGUGUGGCGAACGCGUGCCGGCGGUGGGUGGCUGAUGUUUUACUGAGUCUAUUAUUGCCGUCACUUGUCCGGGUACUGCAGUCGAUCGCUUUCUGCGUUCCAACGGAGCCGAUGCUGCCGGCUCUACUUCGACUGAACCGCUCUGUAGAGUUUAGAGCCACUUCACCUGCAGCGUGGGCCGGCGAUCAUGCGGCGCGGGGGAACGCACGCAUGCAUGAGGCGUGCUGCCAACACGCAACCAAGUUGACUCCAGGGACUACCACCACCUCCUCCUCUGCGUGGGCGUCCACACCCUUCACAGAGUGUCUUCAGGUUGCUAGGGAGGUCAUGACGCUGGCAUGCAGCGUUCAGCAGGUACUGUUGUCCCACAAUCACCGUGUUCUCGUCCCUGCGCCUCCCCACGACGAGGAGAUGGCGCGAUGGAUGAUGACACCAUUUGCGAAUAUCCCACAUUCUCUACUCGGCGACACCGCUCCCCGCUGCAAGGUCUUGCUGCACAUUGUGGAGGGUUUUCUGCAGCGAGUGCCGUGGACUGGAUGGGCGUCGGCGCCUUCACGUGGCCCUCGUGAUGCGGGGUGCGCAAAGACGUCCAUUUUUGACAGCCAGGAAGCGGGUACACGCUGA